GAUUUGUCAGAAAUGUCACUGUCAUCAAAAUUUAAAGUGUGUAAAUUUGUUAUGAAUCAUAGCUAAAAUAUGAGUAGAGAUAUAGGAAUAUCUUGUUGUCCACUUAGAUCGUGUAGGGAGGCUGUAAUGUCAGGUCCAAAAAAUAAAAAUCAUUGUGAUUGUUGUUUAUGUAACAAGAAAAUUAAAGCCAGUUUUGCCCUGGCAUGGAUUUCCGACGAUUCGGAUGGCAAUUGUUCAAUGCCACAGGGCUUCCAGUUUGAUUAUAUAGAUACUGUUGAUAAGGUUGAAAAGAAAAGGAAAGAAUUUGAGGACUGGAUGAAAUUGGCACCAAUUGGUGAUUGUGUUAAUUUAGUUUUGUCUGAGGGAAGUGGCAAGUUUUCAGUGGCAAAUGGCAUUGACUGUAAAACAGCUCAAGAGAUCAGUUCCUGGUUCAAAACUAAUUGCUGUGACUCAAAGGGUUCUGAGCCCAAGUGUUUUUAUGUGUGGUAUCCAAACAGAGGAUGGGUAAUGAUUGCUGAUCCAAAUGCAAACAAUUCAUGCAACUCAUGUAAUUCAUGUAAUUAAUACUUGAUCUGAUAUCUGAUCAUUAAAAAUGUUGUAUAAUCAUUUUUUUUGUUGAAAUAUACUUCAGUCCAACGAC